AUGGAACUCUCAAAUCUCUUUCUUUCCUUGUUCCUUAUUGCUUGCUCCUCACUGCUGCUGGAUAUCUAUGUGUGCAAGGUUCGCCUAAUCAUAGUCAUCGUCAUCAUCUUCAUGGCGAGCAUCAGCAGUACGCUACCACUUUUCCCGGAAAACCUGCUGGAUGAUUCUCCGAUGGCCGCGUCCUCACUGAUUACCUUGUCAAUUUUCGGGACUCAAGUCUCCAGUAGCUUACGAAUGGAUGAAAUUGGGAGAGAAAAGGCUGCACUAUGCGAUGAACUUUGUUUAUGGAGGGAGUCGUGUGUUAAAUUUCAUGCAUGA